AUGUCAACCGUAGAUGAAAAAGGUGUAAACCAUACAUCAUCUUCAUCAACAUCACACAUCCAAACUACAUUUCAUCACCCAAGUGAACUUUAUCCACAACAAUUUUUUAAUAUCUAUGUAUCAUUAUUUCCAAUUUAUAUUGUAAUGUUUUUCUAUAUAAUCUAUAGAAUAGUUAGUAUUGUCAUUCAAGAGAAAAGGUUUCUAACUUUGAAAUUAUUAUCAAAUUAUUUCCUUACUCUUAGUAUUUAUUUUAAAUAUAGAUCACUGGUAGGACAAUGGUUUGUAUUGGAAUUAAAUUCAAGUGCAAAUGCAGCGUUAUUUGUAGCUGAUCCAAAUAGAAGAGCAACUAUUUCUUUUGAAAAUUCAACCAGUCAUAUUAGUUUGGUGUUAAUGUUGGCAUCCUAUACUACAUUGUUGGUAUUCUGGAUUGGGUUGUAUCACAAUGUUUUCAAAACCAGAAGAAGUAUCUUUGUUGGCGUCUCCAAACAAAUAUUCAUUGUUCAUACCUGUGUAUUUAUGUGUAUCGGAAUCACUACUGGAGUCCUAUCCUAUCUACGUGAUCUUUCACCUACAAUUUACGAUUUUGGUCAUACUAUGUUUUAUAUAUUCCUCAUUGUUUUAUAUGGUACUUCUUUUUUAAUUGCCGUUGGAUUUAUAAUCUAUGGUGUCUUGAUUUGGAAAACUACAAGAUCAAUUACUAAAAAAAAUUGUCGUGCUUCUCCAAAUAAUAGAAUAUUAAUAUUAUCAUUAUUAAUGGCAACAAUAAUAUUGGGAUUCUUUUCAAUAUUUGUAACUACAUCACUUGAUUUAAAUGAUGAUUUAUUCGGGCCUUAUGGAGACUAUACAAUAUCAUUGCUAGAUUAUUACUUUUUCAUAUUGAUUUGUGUUGGUAUUAUGGUUCUGUUACUUAGGAAACCAGUUACCGCCAUGUCUGUAUCAAAUGAACCAAAAUCACCAAAUGGAGCAGUGCCGCAUGAUGGUAUUAACCCAACUUGUACUACUGUUGGUUCAACAUCAAUGGAAGAAUAUAAUUAUGGUGGUAUACAAUUAAAACAAUUAAAUCCAAUCGUUCAAUUUGAUCAAAAUCAAUCAAUAAUGGAUAAUCAAAAUAUGAAUCAGCAAAUUCAAGAAAUUCAACAAUAUAAACAACAACAAGAACAACAACAAGAUCAACAAGAACAAAAUACUAAUCCAAUUGAUGAAGAUAUACCUCCAAUGAUAUCAUUUGAUCAAACAAAAAAUAAUAAUGGUAGUUGUUUAAUUGAUAUUAAUAAUAAUAAUAAUGAAGAUGAAACAAUUGAAAUACCAUUAUAA